UCCUAGACAUCACUCAAUGGAAAAAGGACUUGGAGACAACCGUUGCUACCUCAAAAACGGCGCCUCAUCGGAAACAUUUUUCGUAUCGGAAGACCUACCGGUAGGUGGUAUGAUUGGCCGCUUAAAAGUUUUGGGAAAUACAAGACCGAUCACGGGAUCGAUCGUGUUACGCAUCAAGGAGCAGGACAGCCCCGUGGAAAUAGUCCCGGGCUCCAGAAACCUUACAUUGCUGCGUCCACUUGACAAGGAAGGGAUAGAUGGACCAUCAUCUGUUUUUUUAACUUUGUUGUGUGAACGGCUGGGCACCGCAGAUCCUGAAUAUGUAAUUCCGAUAAAUAUUAGGGUAAUGGAUGCCAAUGAUAAUGCACCCAUUUUUGUGAACGCGCCAUACAUGUUAAAUAUUUCGGAAGCCACAGCAGUGGGGUCCACCGUGAUGCAAGGCAUCAGAGCAAUCGAUAAUGAUCAACCGGGACCAUUUUCGAACAUUUGGUAUUCUGUGGUUCCUGGACCUUAUUCGGCCUUCUUUGAAUUCGAAAACGAACUCGAAGGAGACUUAGUGCUCAAAAAAAAUUUGGAUUACGAAAUGGUGAAGUCGUUUAAUGUCACACUUCGCGCCCAGGAUCACGGCGACCCACCAAAGUCGACAGACACAGUCCUCAGAAUUUAUAUUUUGGAUAGCGACGAUCAAAAUCCAAGAUUUUUAGAUGAAAGAUAUACAGCGACAAUACCAGAAACAGCAACUCAUGGAAUGAACUUGGAAAUAAAACCUCGCGCCAUAUACGCGUUUGAUCAGGACGAAGGAAUUCGCGAACCAAUAUUCUACUCCUGGGAUGGUUCGGGUGGUGAUUACACCAUUUUUCGGUUAGAUCGCCGCACUGGAAGUGUUACAUUGGCAAAAACUUUAAAAGAUAAAGAAUUGGAGCAUCCGGCUGUGUUAGUGAUCAGAGCAUCUCAAGAAAAUAAUCAUGACAGAUACGCAUUAGCAACUUUAACAGUUACCAGACAGUUUGCCUACGAAGAUCUUCGCUUUAGUGAGCGCAUAUUUCAUAUUCGAGCGGCAGAAAAUUUGACUACGGGUUCUAUUUUGGGGGUGCUCACCAACAACAAACCGGGCCAGCACCUCAAAUAUUUCGUAUCGAAUCAAGAAAUUCUCAAGACGUUUAUGAUAAAUUCAUUGGGGGAGCUCUCAUUAGUUGGAGAGCUGGACUACGAAACAAAAUCCGAAUAUUCGUUUAAAAUUUUCGCCACAAAUGGAAUUUCGAACGACUCAUGUUUCGUGAACGUGACAGUCGAAAACGUCAACGAAUGGGAGCCUCAAUUCCGCUACGCACGCUACGAGUUCUUGGCGAAUAUAGCAAACAAAACCAGUACACUUGUGGGCAAAGUGGAAGUUGCCGAUGGAGAUAAAGACGACAAGAUAACACUCUCGCUAGGAGGUCCUGACGCCCACUUGUUUUCCAUAACUCCUAACGGCGAAAUUAUUUUGAAAAAUCCUAAAAGUUUAUCGGUUGGUACAGCAUCUAUAAUGGUCACUGCUACUGAUAGUGGACGACCUCCGAAACAAACCACUGUACCGAUUGGUGUGCGGAUUUCUACUAUCGGCACUACCUCGGCAACAGUAAUCUCCAAAAAUGAACGAGACAAUAUGUCAUCCAUGCUCAUGGCAGGCCUCGGUGCUGCUCUAUUGCUGCUCAGUUUUUUGUUCGUUUUUCUAAUUGCCUGUAUUUGUAAAAUGAAACGAGCUCCAAGGCCCAACGUAGUGGCCGCUUACGGAGAUAAGCAGCAAAAAACACAAAGCCAAAUCAGUAAUCCAGUGUUCGGUGAUGAUAAAAUUUCAUCACCUAUGUCGGUCACCUCUAGUCGCCUGUCCACUUCUAGACGAGAAUGUAUACAGUCCAAUUUAAAGUCUUUGGCUACACCUGUUGCACUCGGGAGGGUAAAACAAAUGGCUUGGGAACAAAGGGAAGACGAAGGUAGUGAGCAAGUGAAUGCUGCCGAUAACAUACCAAAGGUUUUAAGAAACAGUAAUUUAACGGUUUAUUUCUAA